UCAUCAUGGGAACGGCUGGUCCAUUCUGCGACGGUGGCUUCUGCAAUCGCUACCGGUCGCAACGCUGGAGCGUCGAGGCGCUGAUCGUUUUCGGAACGACUACUCGCGUUGCUGCUCGUUUUGUUAAAUUACGUCUUUUAUUCUGCGUUAGAAAACAAGCGCGGAGCACUCCCAGAUCACCGAAUGGCCCCCGACGUAUGCCCUUCGUGUGGCGCCUCUGCUGUGACCGAAGAAAGCGGCGAUGGAUUUUCGCAGGUGUGCACCGCCUGCGGGGCUGUUUUGGACAGUGCUCCGCUGCUUGCGACGGGGUUCUCGGGUGGCGACGACGGCCUCUGCUUUGUGUCCUCGACGAGCAGAGACACCCUGUCUCUCUGCCGCGGCAGAGGCGAGAGAGGGGCACGCUUUCAGUGCCUGGUGAGUGAGGGACUGACCGGAAACCGGCGCCUCUGCAACGAUUGGAUAAAGCAGGUGGCCCCGAAAGUGAACAUGGAUUCGGUGAUGGUGCAGCAGGCCUGCGACAUCCUUAACAGGACAUUCAUGAAGCAGCCGUUUAACCUCCAGAUGGCCCUCGCCGCCGCCUGCUGCUAUCAGGUGCUGCGGGAGAAUGGCCGAACCAUAUCGCUUCCCACCUUGGCCAAGAUGGCCCAGUGUACAGGCCCACACCUGUUUCAAGCCAUUCGCACGGUCAGCGAGGAUACAGGCAGGGGAACGAUGCCCGCCAGGCUGCAGGAGCUUCUGCCCGAAGCGGCGCAGUCGAUCGACCCCUCCGAACGGGCAGAGGUGGUGUCGCGUGCCACCGCUCUGCUGGAGCCGCUUCGGCGCUGCUGGUUCUUGGAGGGGCGGGCGCCGCGGUGCGUCGGGCCAGCACUCAUCUUCAUUGCCUGGAAGUCUCUCGACGUCAGCCGUCAGAUUAUUUCGUACACAGUCUUCUGCAAGAUGCAUGGUUUGGGCAGACCCACCAGCUCGCUCAAGUCCACGGUCUCGGACCUGAACAAGGUAUUCGUGCAAAUGGCCAGUGAGAUCCCGUGGAUCAAAGGUAAAAAGCUGAGCGCCAACACUGUGCUGUUUUACAUGCCAGACAUAAUCCGCUAUUCGGCAUCGUUGGUGAUGGACGCCACCAGCAGUGCGGCAAGCACCAGCGUAGGGCAGACGGGCGAGCAACGAUCUGCAGUCAUCUACAACACAUUCCGGAAGGGGAGAAAAAGGGCCAAGACGGCGCACGAUUGCGCUGCUGAUGUGGCGGACUGCGACGGCAAUGGGCACAUUUCGGACUCUGAAAUCGACCUCCUCAUCCGAAAUGAGCAGGAGGUGAAGGUUAUAGAGGCAUUUAUGGAAUCUCGAAAACGAAAGAAUGUGACGGAUGUAGAUGACUGACGAGGCGUUUUAUCAGCAGUAGUGGACUUUACUGUGUGGUCUCCGAGGAACCAAGGGAACGCUAGUGAAGAGUGUUAUAAUUGUUACAAAUGUUCUGAGCCGUGUUUAACAGAUUCUAGAAGGAACGAGGUUGAACACGUCGCGUCAUGGUAGUGAUGCAAAUGCUGCAAAUUGUCACCGUGGCAGGGACGUUUGUUAGUGUUCCGAAAUCGGUAUGCCGACGCAUAGGUGGUGCGGUUUCCAGAAUCUCGGAAACCAACAAUGGAUGUAUUGACGAGUGUUGAUAAAAACCUAAUGCAUUGAUGAAAAUACGAAUUCACACAAAUGUCGAAGUAGUAAAGCUUGUCUAUAUCUCCUUCAUAAUGGGGUGACCUUUGUUAAUGCUUUCGCAUCAAGGCCAUGUCCACUGAUGAACAUCAUGUUGAGUGGUGUGCUUCUUUUGUUAAAUUAGUCAUUGACUUGUAGGAACUUCGCUCUAGUAAACUGCGAUAACUACCGAACUGCACUAUAAUUUCGUUACGGCAAUCUUUUCAUGCUGUGAAUGUGUUCAGCUUUUAUUAAUACAAAGACCUUUGUCAUGUGCCCGUUCUGACGAGAUUUGCUUUUACUGUCCUCCAUUUAUAUACCGGUGUUAUAAGGCUUUAUAUUAAAUCUGCAACGUUUUUCACCUUGCGUGUUUGUCAGUGCUAGAUGCAUAUACCAGAGUUUUAUGUAUUGCAUUUACUUAGAACUGAUGUAACACAAUAGUGCACUCUUAGGGAGGAGGGAGCCUGGAGGUGGAGAGAAGCACGUGCUGGGCAAGGUACAGAGGAGUGCACGUUGGAGGAAGGAGGUGGAGCGUUACAGAGGAGGAGGGUAAGCAGAGGUGCACUGGGUUCACCUCCUCCGACAGUUGCUACGGACUCUGUGUGCGCUAUGGAUGUACCAGGUUCGUAUGGCGAUCGAGAGGCCAAGCGCCGAGCGAGAAGAUCGGAGCAGCAAUGCAAGUAGCGGCAGGCUGAGCGCGAGUCAACCGACCAUGAAGUUGUUGGCGAGCACCGGGCACGAGUUGAACAAGACCGGCAGAAGGUGCGGGCUAGGCGCGACCAGGAAACUCUCGAAGAACAUGAUAGCGGCUUGCGACAAUGAGGGUGCGUCAGGCUAGACGGCAUAGUUUAUAAACUCCAGAACAGCACCCAUAUAUGCUUGCGCGUAACCCGCAUUCACAAAGUGAAACGUCACUGUCAUUUUUAGUUGUGCGACAACGUAGUCACUGUGUUAGAUUAUUUUGAUUGGAAUUGGCAGAAGCGGGUGUAUAUCAGGUGUAAAUAUCACAACAGAAACUUAACAGAUAUCAAUC